GUUAAGAAAAGAAAAAAAAAAAAAAAAAUAACACGAACUUCCUUGAAAUCGUGUAUCUCGAGUCAUCAAAUGAUCACUUCGUAAUAAAUAUUUUUUCCAAUCACUACUCGUCGAUCUCUUAUCUAUUAUUAAAAAGCAUUCGUAUAUAAAAGUGAAAAAUAAACAUUCCUUCGAUUCCGUCGUUUAACACGUACGGAAAAAUAAUGUUCGCGUGUGUGCAACAGUGUGUGCAAUUGAUCGUUCUUGUGAACAUUCUUAACGCCCGACCUUCGAUAUUUUGCGACCAAUUUUCCUCCAUUGAGUAAUAUAAAUAAAUCCAGUGACGCGUAAUAAUCACUUCACUGUGAUUAACGAUGAAUAAAGAUUAAGAAAAAAAAGAAGGAAAGAAAACGCAGUAAGUCGGAAAGAUGGAAUAUCUAAAACGACGCUACACCGUUGCCCAUUCGAAGAAGACUAAGAGACCGCCCGAUAUCCGCCGACGUCUUUUGCAUGCGAAUACUCCACGUGGUUCAUCCGACGACACGCAUUGCGCAGAUCCAACUUUCCGCAAUCCCCACCUUUAUGUGAAUCGCACCUUUUACAUACUGAUUUCAGAGCGACGAGUAAUCGAUAGAGGUGAUAGAAGAAUCGGCGGUGGACCACGGUGGCUGAGACGUCCUCGACGAUGGCGCACGAGGCGACGAUAUCGGAUUUGACGGAAUUGGACAGCGACGGAUCGAGUUGCGGAGAGCGCGACGCCAGGAAACGUCUUCUUCGUUUCGACGUGGAUCGAGCGACGGGGCCGAAGAAGAGGCGAAAACAAACGACGCCCGUCAGAUUCUCGUCAACGUUGAUGCCCGGCGUGCACGAGGAGUCGAACGAGGACGAGGACGAGGACGAGGAGGGCAGCGAAGGUAAGCUGUCGUCGCAAUCACCCAAUCACCCGAGUCGAUCGUCGAUAAGGGACGAGAACCUGAAUAACGAAUUCCGUUGCCAAUACUGUAGCCAGUUUUUCGAUCGAAAGGAAACGUUGAACGUUCACCUGGACAAUGAGCACGGUUCAAUAGCGAAUAGCAUAUCGGGACAACGAUGCCCGAGUAGUAGGUCUCCCCCCGAUCGAGCGAUCAAGCAGGAACCGUCUCACCAACUGGACCAAUCCGAGAACCCCGUUAAUUUGCUUAGCGUAAAGAAUUUCGCGAUAAAUUGGCUGGCCACCGGGCAACACGUGCAAUCGCACGCGCAAAUGCAGACGCAGAACGAGGAAUCGUGGCCCAUCACCGCUCCCCCGUCGGGCCAAAUACAGCCUCCACCGUUGCCCAACCACCUCCAACUCCUCGCCACUUUUCCCGGCGCCUUGGCGCAGUACCUGCCCGUGCCCCCUUUCCCCAUCCCGGAUUCCGGCUCGAUCGCGAGAGGCGCCGGUUUAGGACCAACGCCGGUGAGGAUCUUCAACCCGGACGCGUACUGCGAUCUGUGCAACAAAGAGUUCUGCAACAAGUAUUUCCUCAAGACGCACAAGGCGAACAAGCACGGUAUCUACGCGGAUUCGCCCGGGCCGAGCAACGUGGUGGACAACGCAAAUCCGGGACCCGUGUUCCCCGUCAACUUGCCGAGUAGCGUGGUCAAAUUGGAACUCGCCGCGACACCACCCGCGCCGACGGUGGCGUGCGACCUUUGCCAGAAGCGGUUCAAGAACGAGGAGUCGGUUCGCAAGCACAAGCAGAAAAUGCACGCCGAGUUGUCGGACCAGUCGCAGGAGGGGCAGAUCGGUUUGCUGCAGAACGAGGAGGACAGGGGGGAGGCAUCGAGAGACAGCAUGGGCGGUAUGGAGACGUUGUUGAGGCAAGAGUACGGGAUCGAGCAGGAGGACGCGACGUUCGUGCCGGCGCCCAGACACCUAUCCCCCCAAUCGAUUCAACAAGCGCGCGACUCCGGGUUUAGCGCCGAUCGGCUUCGUCGUUUAGGGGUCAUCAAUCCGGACGCGUUCUGCGAGAUAUGCUGCAAGGAGUACUGUAACAAGUAUUUCCUACGAACGCACAAAAUGAAGAGGCACGGCAUCAUCGUUCAGGACAGCGAAAGAUCGCCCACGAAUCCGGCGAUGCCGGCAAGUUGGCAUCAGGUGCAGACCAGCCCGUUGAAUUUGAUCAUGGCGGAGAACAACGUGGGCGGGGAAUCGAGCGAGCGUGGCGGCGACGAUUACGAGUGCAAAGCGUGCGGGAUACGUUUCCAAACGAUCGGCCUGUAUCGAGCGCAUUCCCGGAAAAUGCACGAAGGGGAGAUGCAGGAGUCGCCCGGUCGGCAAGAGUGCGAGCUGGAUACGGCCAGCAGCGAUCAGCGGAACGAUUCCAUCUCGGAGGAUCUUCAAAAAUUGCAGACCAUGCUUCUGCAACUGAACGGGCUCAAGUCUGGUAAAGGGUUGUCGUGCAGCGUGUGCGGCAAGGAGUGCGAGUCUCGAGCGGGUCUGCACAUUCAUACGAUAACGGAGCACGCAGCCAUUGGCGAAGAUUCGACGUCCUCGCCGCAAGAGAAGUCGCCCUUAACCGCGACGUCCGCGUUCUCCGCUCUAUCGUGCGGGAAAGAGUACGCGAGCCAGGAUAGCCUGAGAAAGCACGAGGAGCAUCAGCCGGCGAUCUCGAGUGGCGUCCCGCAAAUUGUCGUCGCGACAACCUCGGCGACGAGCGGUACGAAUACGACGAGCCAGGCACCGGCCGAGAGGAAAGUGACGUCGAUGACGCCCACGUCGAGCUACUGCGAGAUAUGCAACAAGGAAUUAUGCAAUAAGUAUUUUAUGAAGACGCACAUGCAGAGGAUGCACGGUAUCGAGAUCGAGAACGGGGCCCAGAUAGGAGGCGUGAUAUGCAACAUUUGUAACAAAGAGCUGUGCAGCAAGUACUUUUUACGCGUCCACAAGCACAACACGCAUGGCAUAGUCGAUGAGAAUACGGCGAGCACGGUGAAACAGGAGAGCCACGAAACGGCGAGCGCGGACGACGCCGCUUUGAAGCCGGAACAACUCGGUGAUUUGACCCACAGAUAUUUCACCCAUUUCACAGAGGUUUGCCCGAUCUGCAGCAGAAGGUUCCGUAGCAUAAAGUGGCUCAAGGCUCAUCUGAUGGGCGAUCACGGGAAGACGGGUAUCGAGAAGUGGCGCGAGAUGGAGCAACAGUAUCAAACCAGUGUCCCCAAGUCGGGGAGCAGGGCGGUGAACAUGACUUCGAAGGCCGGUCAACCGGGCUCCAACUUGAAGAUACCGAACGGGUUCGAGAUCUCGCAGCAAAUCAAGUCCGCCCCCGAUUACGCGGGUUUGGGUAAUCAAGUGUUGUCCAAUCUGCUGGGAUCAUCUUCCGAGGAUCAACAAUCGAAGAGUUACCGUUGCUCCUAUUGCAAUUUCACCACCACCGUACUACCUUUCCUCUUCCUUCACGAGAGAUCUCACGGGCGGGACAACACGGAGGCUGAGAAAUCGCUUCGAUGCCCGAUCUGCUCCCAACCGUUUCACCAGCCCGAGAUGUUGCAUCAGCAUCUACUCGCGUCCCACCAAUUCCCCACCUUGCUCCCCCAUUUCCAACCCCCCCUCUUCAAUAAUUUAAACCUCGACGCGGAGAGACCGACGAACGAGAGCAAGGAGAGAUUCGACUCGGAGGCGAAGGAGGAUCGUACGGGGAACAGCCCGCAGGUGGUCGUUAAUCAAAACAUUCCCGACCCGACGAGGGGCAAACGGCAGGACGAGACCACUGUCCAAGUCACUCCUCAGGGUGUGUACAAGUGCGCGCAGUGCGGAUACGCGACGACCAAUUUGAACAGGAUAAAGAGGCACGUGAGGAAGGAUCACAGAACGAUCGGCGAUCCUACGGACAGCGUGCUCGCCGAGCUGAGCAGAACUUUGAAGGACGUCGCGAACAGGCACAAGGUGCCUGCCUGUUACGCGAUGCCCCAGGACUCGAUGAAUUCGAUCGCCGAGAAGACGAUCAUGCAACCGUUCCUGAUCGAGGAACGGGACGCGAUGCAGGCCGGCGAGGAAUCGAGCUCCGAGAAACGAUUCGCCCCGGCUUUGGUCUACUUGCCCGUUAAAUCGCGAAUUAACAACGCGCUCACCGCAUCCUUCACCCUAAGCCCAGCUUGAAACUCUUCCUUCCUCGUAUUUACACGAUUGAUAUCUUCGAUAUUGCUACCACUCGUUUCUACGUCUGCGAUUUGAGCACGUGUUAUUAGUUCCUAUGUAAAGUGUAAGGAAAUAGUUAGGGAAAGUUUAUAUAUUUUUCAUAUACGUGGCUCGUCGAGGAUUUCAUUUUAAUACAUAUAUAUAUAUAUAUACAUAUAUGUAGACAAUUCACUGUUCGAAUAUUUCCUGGAUAUUUAUAAAUCAAACGAUCCUUUCAUUUUCUUCCACUUUUCUUCGUGAA